ACAUGUUUCAGAUAUUGUGGCUGCAUUCCGUUUCACGUAUGAUGCGCAUAAUGCAUUGUUUAUCUUUGUUUAACAUCAGACAAACAACAAAGAUGAAUGAUUAUGCGCAUUAUGCGUGAAACGGAACGCAGAUUGUGUUAUGUAUGUUUUUGAAACAUCUUAUUUAUAAAAGAACAAUAAGAUUUUGUACUGGGAAAUCUCCAACCACGUUUAGGAAAUUACCCAUUCGUAACACGCGUCUUGCUAAAAUAUUUUUAUCCCGCAUAGACGUUGAAGACAAAGCGAGUAAUCAUAAAAAAAGCGAUGCAAAGGCACUGGAAAAUUCAACUGAAUCAUUGCUUCUGCAAAUGUGUAUGAAGAGAGAAAUUAUGUUGGUAACACAUGGACCGACGCUUCUGAAGACUGAGCAGGAACAUAAAUCUGUAACGAGAAGCAUCGACAGAGCUGUCUCGCUCUCACGGGAGAGAAAAAAUUACAUACAAGAUUAUCCUCUGGGUGAAAAAGGAAGAGAAUGUUCCAUGCAAAGAGAUUUGACAAAACCCUUGCAAGAAGAUGAGACAGAUGUGAAACGUGAAAAAGAGAUAAAUAGAGUUGACAAAUCACAAGAAUGGGGUAAAUGGAUCGGGACAUGUCUUCUCAUAUUUAUAUUACCGUUGUCUGUAAUCUUACCACAAUUCUUGUGCUCGAAAGGACAAUGCAAAACUGCACUUGUAAAACUUUCUAUUGAUUGGAAGUCUUAUAUAAAUUUAUAUUCAUUAUCCUAUGUUGCAUUUUUAAUAUUAUUGACUUGUACAUCGAUUAUACCAAUUGGGAAAACCAUAGACGGACAGCAAAGUAAAACCAGAAGACUUCAGUAUUGUGUAAAUGGCUAUUUGAGCACUAUAGUGAUGCUAAUUGGACUUGGUUUAUAUAUAUAUAUGAAUAUAUCAGUUAGCAAUUACAUCAUCAAUAAUAUUGUACAAUUUUCAAUCAGUAGCUGGAUUGUGGGAACGAUUUUAGCUGUGGAAUUAUACAUUAAGGGCAGAGAAAUUAAUCCGCGAAUUGGCACUUUGGACAUUAAACUGCUGUUAAUAAGAGCUUCUCUCAUUGGCAUGUUGAUUGUAAAUAUAGCCAUUGCUAUUAAAGCUGUUGACGACGUAAAAAGUUCAAAUAUUGAGGAACUUGAUAUAGCUACAUUGUUAGUUGUCUUGCUGCAGCUAUUCUAUGUUAUACAUGGACUAAUAUACGAAGCUUUUAUCUUUACUUCUUUUACAAUAAUGUACAAAGAAACUGGAUACAUGACGACAUGCAUUAGUCACUUACUAUACUCAUUCUUAACGACUCUCACCGCAAAAUACAUAUUGUACCAUAAGCUGAAAUUUAAUUAUUUUACUGGUACAUUUGUUUUGAGCUUCGUAAUAGGAUAUGCUUUGUAUAGGAUUAAUAAUUGCAUAAAGAUGAAUUCAGAAAGAAUCCAGUUUUGCCGACAGUACCUUAUUUGGAAACUAUUUUUAUCAUGUCAUCCAGGUAUGAUGCCACAAGUUGUGCUGACACGUUGUAAGAUACAAGAAGAAAAACAUAAAGAUAACAUUUGUUCUUUAUCUGGAAACACAAAUAUUUACUCUAACUUUAAUAAUUUAAGUAUUUUGCCAACAGUAAAUGAUUUGAUUGAAAAAAAAGUAAAUAAUUGUUUUAUGGAUUCCAGUGAAUUUUCGGAUUUAUUAAAUACAGAAAAAGCUAUUGAAAGUGAUCCUGAUUAUGUGCAAGGUGAAUAUUCAUCAGUUACGAGUGAUUCUGAAGAAACAGAGGGAUCAGAACAUGAGAAUUGCGAUAAAUAUAAAAAGCACUUUUCUAGUACGCAUAAUAAUGAUUCGACGGGCAUAUCUUCAGGUAUGGAUGUCAGUAACAUUUUGGGCAAUAAAUAUAUAUAGUACCUUUUUAGUACGUGUAAUAAUGAUUCGACGGGUAUAUCUUCAGGUAUGGAUGUUAGCAACAUUGUGGGCGAAUGUGAAACUCGACAAGACAAGCAAUCGAUAGUACCGACAAAACGUGCUGGCACAAAAAAAUAUAUGUGCGUCUUCUGUCGUAAAAUGCAAGCGAAGAUUGUUCGACAUUUCGAAAUUGUUCAUUCUAAAGAACCGGAUGUUCAAAAAUUCAAAUAUUUACCUAAAGGUUCAAUGGAAAAAAGAAAUAUUAUCGACACGUUAAGAAAAAGAGGAAAUUUUCAAUUUAACAUUGAGAAACAGUAUGAAGGACAUGGUUUUAUUCCAUGCAGGUGAGCAAGAGAAAAUCACCCUCAAAUUCUUAAAAAUUACCUAGCUUGUGGGAAUCACAAGGGUCAUUAUUUAAAAUCGACAAUAAGACAUUAUUUCAAAAAAUGUACAGGUCAAAUAGGAGAAAGAAGUCGUACUGUUAAAGUAAUGGGUCAGAGAUUAGAGGGCAAAUGUCUUAAAGAAGCUGAUGAGAGAGUACGGCGACUAAUAUUACCAGCAAUGAGAAACGAUGACGUCACGUGGAAUAUUCGUUACGAUACUUUAUUAAUACUACAUGCGUAUUUUCAGUGCAAAAAAUAUAGGCACUCAUCACAUCAUUUACAAAUGAUUCGAUCUCGAUUGUAGCUUGUAAGACGUUUAUUGAUAGCGAUGAGAAAUAUUAAUAAUAUAAAGUCUUUGAUUUCUAUUUACGAUCCAAAAUAUUACGAUACAUUCUUAGAUGCCAUAAAUAUUGUUGCACAAUAUAACGAAGAAACAGAUAUCUAUGAAAAGCCUGCUGUUGCAUCUAAUCUUGGUACCUACGUGAAGCAUACUGGCGAACUUUUAAUAACAAAAUGCAUAAAGGAACACGAUGACAAUACAAAAACAAAUCCAGAAAAUUUUCCAAAAUCGUUUGUCGAUUAUGGAACUAGUGUCAAUAAAACAGUAAUCGAAUCUCAAACUCAAUUUAAAAGACAAAAAAUUGUGAAACUUCCUGCAAUAGAAGACGUACGAAAAUUGCGGAAUCAUGUAUAGAAAAUGCAAAAGGAAUCGUACAAUAGUUUGAAAAAUUCUGGUAAAAAUGAAUUUUUAUUUUCUGCAUGGAUUUCUCUUGGAGAAGCUACUUUAACAUCAAUACAAUUAUUUAAUCGUCGUCAGCCAGGAAAAACGGAGCGAAUAUUGAUUUCUGAUUUUAACAAUUAUGAAAGAAUUAAUGAAAACGUUGAAACGUUCAGUGGAUUAUAUAAAGAACAAAAAGAUUUGGCACGAAAAUAUGUGCGAUUUUAUAUACGCGGAAAGUUAGAAAAAACUGUUUCUAUGAUAUUAGAUGAACUUAAUUUGGAAUAUGCUCAAACAUUUUUACAAUUAAGAAGUAAAACCAGAGUACCCUCGAAAAAUCCUUAUUUAUUUGGUAUUCCAGGACAUGACAAAAAUGUUAAUAAAUGAUUAGAUGCAUAUCGAGCCAUGACAUAUUUUGCUAAAGAAUACGGUACUGAAUUUUCUAAUACAUUAACUAGCACUACACUCAGGAAACACAUUGCUACUAUUAGAAUUACUUUUAAUUUAACAGAUACUCAAAUUACAGAUCUGACUAAUUUUAUGGACUAUCAUGAAAAAAUCCCCAAGGAAAUAUACAGAAAAUCAGUAGUGGUUGAAGAUAUUACAGCAGUCUCACAACUUCUAGAAGCCACACAAAGCAUUAGAGAUUCAGCGAAUAAUUUAAUUGAAGAAGGCGACAGUGAGAUUGAAUAUGAAAAUAAAGACAGCACAAGUGAUGAAAUAUUUGAAGAAACUAAUUCUUUGCAACAAUCGAGUGAUAGUAAGUAGAAAAUUUAUUUCCAAAAUAUCCUAAAUAUUGAAGAUAAUUACUGACGCAAUAUUAGUGCGCAGGUACACUAAUAAAUUUAUGUAAAAUUAUAUGUAUUAUGGUGAAUAAUUUUUGAGGCACACUGUAAUAGGUAUAAAAUUUUCAUGUUUUUAUAAUUUUUUAUAUAAAUUUUGCAAUUAUUUAUUAAUUUGUUUUUUUACACUUGUGCAUACACCGUAAACAAAUUUAUUACAAAUUAAACUAUUGCAAACAUUGCAAAAUGUUGGAAGACUUUUCGACUCAGACUUAAUUUAGUCCGCUUUACAUGCAUAUAAGCGUUGUUAAUAAUUAUCAGACGUUUUACAUAAACUGUUAUUUUAUUAAUUUAACGGUUUUGUAAUACAGAUUCAUUGUUAACGCCAGUGUAUAAAAAACGUACAAAAAUGGAAAUGACAGCGAUACGUAAAAAAACAUUGAUCAAAAGGUAAGAAUAAAUGUAUACCCAAUCAGUUGAUAAUGUUUGAUAUUAAAUAAUUAUAAAGAAAAAAAAA